AUGCGGCUCCUUCACCACCCAUGGCUGGCUCUGAUGGGGUUGCUAGUGCCCGCCGCUGUCAAUGCCGACGUUCUCAGCCUUUCGACUCUCGACUGGAGACUCAGCAACAAGAACGGAUCCAUCGUCGUGCCAGCGAAAGUCCCCUCACAGGCCCAUCUUGAUUUGGUCGAAGCCGGGAUCAUCACCGAGCCUCUGUUGGGCAUUAACGCGCUGGGUCGCCUUCGACGACUGGACGUACACAGCGGAUCUGACACCACUCGUGGAAACCUGUCCCAUGGCACGAAAGCGCUUCUCGUCUUCUACGGCCUCGACACCAUCGCAAACAUAACGGUGGCCGGCCACGAGGUCGCAUGGGUCAACAACGAAUUCCAGCAGUAUGUCUAUGACGUGACCCAUCUCAUCACGGCCCCUGUGCACGGCCACACCAACCUGACCGUCGCGUUCGAGUCCGCCUGGACAUACGGUCUCAACGUCACUUCUCGCCCUGAUGUCGAGUGGGUCGACAUCGGCGGAUACUUGGAUUUCGAGUUCCCCAACGUUCGCCAUGUCAUCCGUAAGACUCAAUCUGACUUUGGAUGGGAUUGGGGCCCGGCGUUCUUACCUGUCGGCAUUUUCAAACCGGCCUACAUCGUCACUCUCGACUCUAAAUCCAGUGAUCACACUACAUCCGCAUCCCAUCCCCUCCUCGCGUCCACCAGCGGGCCUGUUUUCUUCGAAGAGACGGCGCUCGAGAUAUCGAGGCAAGGCCAGAACACCAUCACCCAAGCAGACCAGACCGCCGAUUGGCUCGUCAACGUCACCCUCGCCGUCCGUUCUGUCGUCCGCUCACAUGCCCCGACCGUCACAAUCGACAUCCCCGAGCUCAACAUCACAUCUGGAGCUCUCUCGGUGUCCUCCAUCCCCGCCGACACCAGCGCGCCGACGUUCGUCCACGCGAGCUUCAUCGUGCCAGCCGACGCCCCCGCGCUCUGGUUCCCGCAUACCCUCGGCACACCCAAGCUCUAUAACUUCACCGUCACGCUCUCCCUCGCACGCGGCGCUCGCGAGCUUCACGGUUCGCAGUGGGAGGAUAUCGACGCGCGCGGAAUCACGCCCGGGGAUCAAUGGCACUUCAACGUGAACGGCAAGGCGUUCUACACGGUCGGGACGAACAUCAUCCCGUUCGACCCGUUCUAUGCGCGGAUGACAUCCGCGCAGGUCCGUUGGGUGCUCGAGAGCGCGGUGCUCUCAGGUCAGAACAUGUUACGCGUGUGGGGCGGAGGGAUUUACCAGCCGUCGGACGAGCUCACGGGCGGGUACGACUUCUACUCAGCGUGCGACGAGCUCGGGAUCCUCGCGUGGUCGGAGCUCAUCUUCUCGGACAUGAUGUACCCGGUCAACGACUUCCUUCUCGAGGGCGUCGACGCGGAGGUGCGGCAGAACGUACGGCGGGUGAAGAAGCACCCGAGCAACGCGCAGUGGGCGGGCGGGAACGAGAUCGAGGUGAUCGAGCUCCUGUUCCUCGAGCUCAACAUCACGAACAAUAUGACGCAUUAUCUGGGCGAGUACUUGCACGACAUUGUGUUGGCCGAGGAAGUCGGUCGCAUACACGGAUUGUUCGACUACCAACGGCGUUCUGAGUCUGGAUCCUACCUAAUUCGCUACAAUAACAAGACCGAGGGUUUCAUCUAUGGCAACACCGGUACGGGGACACCGAACUGGGAUCUACAUUGCAGGCCUUCGACUAUGGACGUACCCCGUCUCCGCUUCGUCAACGAGUUCGGGUUCCAUUCCAUGCCCUCCUUCUACAGCUGGGAAGAGGUCCUCGAGAGCCCCGAAGACUUCAGCUUCAACUCCACCGUCGUCGCCUCACGCGAUCACCACCCUCCCGCCGGCGGCUUCGCGUUCCCAAACCCCAAAGCGAACCAGGGCCAAGCCCAGAUGACCAGGGCGUGGAGCUCUGGCUUCCCACCCCGGAACCACCGACCGAACCAGACCUUCGCCCAGUGGUGCUGGAGCACCCAGAUCUUCCAGUCCCUCAACAUGGUCUCCGAGAUCGCGUGGUACCGCCGCGGCGCCGGCCUCGGCGAGAACAACCUCGGCGCGCUCGUCUGGCAGCUGAACGACAUCUGGCAGGGCGUGAGCUGGUCGUCGAUCGAGUACUCCGGGCGCUGGAAGACGCUGGAGGUCAUGGUCGUGUCCGACCGGUGGGACGCGGUGUCGGGCGAGGCACAGAUGACGUGGUACGACUGGGCGGGCGAGGAGCUGAACUCGUCCACGGUGCCGUUCGAGAUCGCGCCGAACGCGUCGGAGGUGUUCAUGCUGGUGAACGUCUCUGCAGAGGUCGAUGGCAAGACGGUGACGCAGGAGCAGGUGAUCGAGGUCGUCGCACGACAGUCUUACCUUCACCCUCUCCGCGAAGGGAGGCGUCGCGCCCUUUACGUGGCUCGACCAUCCGGCCGGUACGGUUGGAUACUUCCGGGAGACGAGGACGGGAACCUGCUCAAUGGGUUCUACCUGAUCCCGGGCAUCGACCGCACAGUGCAAUUCGUCCUCAACCCGACGCUAUCCAAGAUCUCCAACCCUGAUCCUGCGACGUUUGUCGUGCGCUCGCUGUGGAACAACACUCAUCUGUAG